CCUUUACAUCGUACAACGAAUUCGCUACCGCUUGCUAUCGCUCGAUCGACAGGUAUAUAAAUUGAGUGUUUGAUAUAAAGUAGAAUUAUUUUGUUUAAAUUAUUAUGAUUGUUCGGUCGAUGUGUAAACGUUCUAUACUUCUAUUUAUCCUACGUAUGCCCCGUAUAUAAUUUUUCCACGAUUAAUCUCGUGUUAUUGUAUCGAGUCAUUAAAUAAUUACAGAUUAAAACUGGUGAUGGGAGAAAAAAAUUGGAAAGAUUGGAGACCUUUUAUAUAUGGAGGUUUAGCUUCCAUUGUUGCGGAACUUUGUACUUUUCCUUUAGACACGACGAAAACACGUUUGCAAGUACAAGGUCAAAAAUAUGAUCGAAAACUUGCACGUUUAAGAUAUUCUGGUAUGACGGAUGCUUUAUUACAAAUAUCGAAACAAGAAGGAAUAAAAGGUUUAUAUUCUGGGAUUAGUUCUGCGAUCUUACGUCAAGCGACAUAUGGAACUAUAAAAUUUGGCACUUAUUAUUCUCUUAAAAAAGCUGUGAUCGAUACAUGGGCGAUAGAUGACUUAUUCACGAUAAAUAUUGUUUGCGCAGCAUUAGCUGGGGCAAUUUCGAGUGCAAUUGCCAAUCCUACUGAUGUGGUAAAAGUUCGUAUGCAAGUCACUGGUUGCGAUACAAAUGUAUCGCUGUUUACUUGUUUCCGAGAUGUAUACGAACAUGAAGGUAUUCGUGGACUUUGGAGGGGUGUUGGGCCGACCGCUCAACGAGCGGCUGUUAUCGCGGCUGUAGAAUUGCCUAUAUAUGACUAUACCAAGAAUAAAUGUAUGAGUAUGUUGGGAAACAGCAUUAGUAAUCAUUUUGUAUCGAGUUUUGCAGCUAGUAUGGGAAGUGCUGUAGCUUCAACGCCUAUAGACGUUAUUCGCACACGAUUGAUGAAUCAAAGAAGAGUGUACGUCGCUAACAAUAAGCUUUCGUCACACAUUUACAGCGGCAGUAUAGAUUGCUUGGUUCAGACGAUUAAAUAUGAAGGAGUUUUAGCACUGUACAAAGGUUUCGUCCCGACGUGGUUUAGAAUGGGACCAUGGAAUAUUAUAUUUUUUAUUACUUACGAACAAUUGAAACGUUUGUGAUGUAUCAUCAAAUAUAAAAAAUUCGAAAUAUUCGAAUUUUUUCAUUAAACUAAGAUUUGGAAGAGUUUAAUGUAAACGUCAUUGUGCACAUAACGUUUACUAUCUCAGUUGUAAUCUCAGUCGUAAUUUGUCAGUUAUAAUUCCUUAAGUGAGAAAAUAAUGUAUUAAUUAGUUACUCUGCGAGUAUAAAAUAAGUAUUACAUAUACUUAUAUAAAGUAUACAAACAAAUUAGAAUAUCUUUCAACCCUUUCCGUUGGUAUAAUAUUAUACUUAAUGUAUGUAAUUUUGUAGAGAGAAACCAUAUAUGUGAGAAAGAAAAUAAUUGGAAAAGUUCAAGAGCUUCCUAAAGUACAAAUUUCCAAGAAUCUAUUUAGUUAAAUUAUUAUGCAAAAGACACACCUUUACAGAAUUUAUUAAGCGCUCAUCUUCUCGAUGUUACAAGUAGAGUUAGUCUGAUUCUGUCUCGAAAUUUUUAUGCAGAGUGUUUCAGAACUCAUAAGAUAAAUUUUAGAGUGAUGAUAGAUCUCCCCAAGAAAAUCAAUUUUUAUUAAGAGACUCGUAUCCUUCGACGCAUCUUUAAGAAGCUAACGUGAUAUCCCUGUUCCAAACCGCCUGCAAAAUAGACAGGUCGCGCAACAGCAUUGCGCUAACAAUGUUAAUCCGUAAUCUUUAAUUUUUACCUUUUCAAUUUUUUGAAAAAGACGUGGAUUAGUAUUAUCAGACGUAAAACAGUCGCCUUAUCAACCUUAUAGAUAGUCCGAACAGGGAUGCGCAACUCCUUAAGAAUAUGUUGGAGAGCACGAGUUUUUGGAAGAAAAAAUUGAUUCUUUUGAUGAAAUGUACCAUGCCCUGAAAUUGUGUUCUAUGUAUCCUGAAUGAAUUCUAAAACAUCUUGUACAUUUAAAUCGAUUCUGUGUAACAAAUUUUUAUUAAGUGCAUCGAUGAAUAUUGAUAAUUCAAGUAUAUUAAAUUGCUGUGUAUAUAAACAAAAGUUUGAGGUUUUGAAUUUAUCACAAUGUUUUUGUGCAAUACUAGUCAUUUAGUUAUCUGUCGUGAAUAUACUCUGUUGAAUCAUUUUACUUUCAGUAUUUUUACAUAGCAUUUAUUAUCAUAUUUCUGGUACACAUGCUAGUCAUUUUAACAGAUUCUUAUAAAAUCAAUAUACUAAACGUGAUCUACAUAAAAAUCUACUAUUAUUAAUGUUGUAAAUAGUAUUGAUAUUGAAAUUCAGAAUGGUUAAUUUAAUUCCAUUAAAAUUUUAAUCUGUAUGUGUUAUACUGUAUGUACACUAUGUUUAAAUCUAUUUUUCUUUUUUUUUUUACAUGACAGUUAUGCAAAACAUAUGUCGUGUUACAUGUAUAAGCAUGUUGCUUUUUUAGUUUUCUUUUCCAAAAUUAUAUAUACAUAAGAUAGUAUAAUUCUUAGAAUUUGCAACACAAAUGUCUAUUUCACACACUCACAAGUUAAGCAAACACAAUGAUAAUAUAAUAGUUUUGCAUUACAAAAUUUAUUUCUUUCUUAAGACAAAAAAAACUGAUACAUUGAAAAAUAUUAUUUCAUGAAGGAAAAUUGAAAUGUAAUAUCUCACAUAUCAAGCACUAUGCACGCGCGUGUACACAUAUACAUACUCAAACAUAUGUAUACGCAUCUAUAUGUAUGUAUACAAUAUAUUACAUAAAUAACA